AUGUGGGACGACGACUCCAAAACCAUGUUCCGCAUCCCGUGGAAACACGCGGGGAAACAGGACUUCCGUAAAGACGAGGACGCCGCCAUCUUCAAGGCGUGGGCCGAGUUCAAAGGCAAGCUGACGGACGGGGACAAGGACAACCCGGCGUCCUGGAAGACCCGGCUGCGCUGCGCGCUCAACAAGAGCCCAGAGUUUUCGGAGGUGAUGGAGCGCGCACAGCUGGACAUCUCCGAGCCCUACAAGGUGUACCGCCUCGUCCCCCUCAGCGAGCAGGGUGAGACUCCGACAUGUCCACACACUCGGACAGAGACGCAAAUUCAGCUUUUUUACAAAUUCUUACAAAAUUUUAAAAAAUCUCUAUUUGGGUUUUGGUUCGUUUCGGUCAGCUGAUCUUUUCCAAACAGAUUUUUAUUUUUCUAAAUGUGAAAAAAACUGAAAACAUCACUGAUAAAAUGUGCAAAAUAUAAUAUAAUUUACGAUAUUUCAAAGACUAAAAUAAGAGUCCGAUUAAUUAAUGAGAAAUUGCUUGUUGAUGGGAAAAUAAUCACCAACUGCAAAAAAAUCAAACAGGCUCUGUUUGCUGCUUUUUUCUGUUUUAUUUCAUUUUUAAUUGAAUAUUUUAAAUUUUCAGACUGUUGAUCGAACAAAACAUGACGUCCCUUUUGGCUCUGAGAAAGCCAAUUUUUUUAAAAAAAAUUUAUUGACAAAUUAAUCAAUAACGGAGAUAAAUGUCACACAGCAGCAUCACACUAUAAGAAGGAAAGAUGUGCUCACGUUUCAGUUGAUUUUAUCGUCUCAGCUGCACUGCCAGAGCAGAUCUGCACACUGUAAAAAAACACAAUCACAGGUCAAAAUCAGAAUCUUUCCACAAUAAAAACAUUUUCACCAAAACACAGAUGAUUUUAUAAACUUCUCUACGUCAUAACUUUGCUUCAGGGCUCUGUGAUUCAGAGAAAAUCAAA